AUGUGUGGCAUUAUCGCUCUGAUCCUGGCAAACCCCUCCGCCGCCGCCGCGGUGGACCUUCACGAAGCCCUGUACCUCCUGCAACAUCGUGGUCAGGAUGCAGCCGGUAUCGCGACCUGUGCGUCUGGGGGUCGAAUCUACCAACUCAAGGCCAACGGCAUGGCUGCCAAGGUCUUCCAAGACGGCGCCAAAGUUACCAACCUGCCGGGCUCGAUGGGUAUCGGCCACUUGCGAUACCCGACCGCUGGUAGCAGCGCCAAUGCCGAGGCUCAGCCUUUCUACGUGAACAGCCCGUACGGCAUCUGCUUUGCGCACAAUGGAAACCUCAUCAAUGCGCCGGAGCUGAAGAAAUACCUGGACUUGGAGGCGCACCGUCACAUCAACACCGAUAGUGACAGUGAGCUCAUGCUCAACAUCUUUGCGGAUGAGCUGAGCGAGACAAAGAAGGCUCGUGUGAACAAAGAGGAUCUCUUUGCCAGCUUGAGCCGUAUGUAUAAGCUCUGUGAAGGUGGAUGGGCAUGCACUGCCAUGCUAGCCGGCUUUGGUGUGUUGGGUUUCCGUGACUCCUACGGCAUCCGCCCGCUGGUGCUGGGUUCCCGUCCCUCUCUGGAUGGUUCUGGAAUGGACUACAUGAUGGCCUCUGAGUCGGUCGCCUUGGACCAGCUUGGCUUCUCGAACCACCGUGACAUCCAGCCCGGUGAGGCCGUCAUCAUCCAGAAGGGUGGCGAACCGGUCUUCCACCAGGUUGCGCCCAAGAAGGACUACGCUCCGGAUAUCUUCGAAUUCGUCUAUUUUGCCCGUCCUGACUCGGUUAUCGAUGGUAUCAGUGUGUAUCGCAGUCGCCAGCGUAUGGGUGAUCGUCUCGGGGCCCGUAUCCUCGAGGUCCUGGGUCCCGAUGUCGUCAAGGACAUUGAUGUGGUUAUUCCCAUUCCCGAGACCUCCACUACAUCUGCCACCCACGUUGCUCAGUACUUGAACAAGCCCUACUGCCACGGCUUCGUCAAGAACCGCUACGUGUUCCGCACUUUCAUUAUGCCCGAGCAGAAGACCCGGCAAAAGGGUGUCCGCCGCAAGCUAAACGCCAUGAAGGCCGAGUUCAAGGACCGCAACGUCCUGCUUGUGGACGACAGUAUCGUGCGUGGCACCACUAGUCGUGAGAUUGUCAGCAUGGCCCGGGAAGCCGGCGCGAAGAAGGUGUACCUGGCCAGUUGUGCGCCCGAGAUUACCCACGCCCACAUCUACGGUAUUGACUUGGCAUCGCCCCAAGAGCUAGUUGCCCAUAACCGUAACCCCAGCGCCAUCGCCAAGCACAUCGGAGCCGAGAGUGUCGUUUUCCAGACCCUGGAUGACCUCAAGGGAUCCUGCGCCGAGAUUGCCCACGAGAACGGCCAGUCCGAGCCCGUGAACUUCGAAGUCGGUGUCUUCUGCGGUAGCUACGUGACACCCGUUCGCCAAGGAUACUUCGACCACCUGGAGCAGGUCCGUGGCGAAGGCCGCAAGAUCAAGGCUCUGGACAAGGCCAAGGAGGCCGUUGCCCACGGCGUUGCCAACAUGACCGACUUCGAGAUUGCUGCCAAUGGCGUGGCUAUGGAUACCAAUGGCAAGAUCAUCCCUGCCACCCAUACUGUGGAGUACACUGAGCCCAAGUCCGACAAGGAGGAGCACCCGAAGAUCGAUGACCGCAUGGACAUCAGCAUCCACAACAUCGGUGACCAUCAUGAAUGA